UGCACUGCCUAACGAUGCCUUUCCGGAAGCGGUCACAAAGCAGGAUGCUGGUGGACAGAUCGCUACUGGUAAAGCACCUGAACUUACAUUACCGAAUGUUGAUAGCGCCAAACCAGUGAAGCCAGCGAAUGUGAAGAAUGCUAAGAAAACGCCACGCGUUCCUGAAGCGAUAACUGAUACCAGUUCUCAACUGAAGCCACCGGAACCAGAAGUGCGACGAAGCGGAAGAGACAGAAAAGAACCGGAUCGACUAAUCGCGGAUCCGAAAUUCGGGCGCUAGCUUUGUUUUGGCUUUAGCUGAGUGGGUCUCCCCACUGGGGGAGGUGUCAGAUAUGUGCAGUGUAUACACAUGACCUUUUGCAUAGCAACAUAGAAGUUGCCUGUCAUUGUUGUGCUUUGCUGACAUUCAGUCAGCGACCUGCGAGUUCGAUAAUAAAUAUACAUUUAUUAUCACGUCACGACACAUAAGAAACCUUACCAAACAGUCAUCUUUAUUGUCUAAGUAUGGUAAUCAUUGUGCUUCCGUGUCAAAAUAUUAAUUUUCAGCUUAUUGUGUUUGUACCUGUGUACGUGUGAAGUUAAGAAUAAAUGAUAAUUACUGCUGCUGUCGGUUUAAAACGUAUUCCCCUUCGAAUCCCCCAAAAAUUAUUAUCGCGUCAAACUACUAACCUAUCCCAGAGUUCCCGUUGACAGACAAUCAAGGCGAUUAAUUGCUCCGGCGCUAUUGGGCUACUGCAUAUUUUUUUACGCUGCCGCCCCUCGUGCGCCGCGCCCAGAAUAAAUUUUAGGUUUCCUUAUCAUCUCUGCAUUCGAGCUUAGAUCCCACAACCAUUCGCGCAAGUGUAUAACAGACCAUCAGUGUGUUCAUCAUGGAAUACAAUUAUAUCGCGAAGUAAGCUAAUUGGUCAUGUGGAGAUCAGCUGUCGAGUUCAAAAGGGCGGUUAUGUACCUUACGAAUACCGCCGACACCAGGAAGCGGAAGCAAAACUGUCCACUAUGCUGCAAACGACUCUAACCGGUCGCACCAAGAUUCUUACACUUCGUCACUUUAUUCCCAACCACUACCAAAUUCGUCACUUGCUGAGCAUCUUUAAAAACAACGGUGUAUCGUUGCUGUUGCUGUGCCUGAAAGACUGCGAAGCGCAAACGGAGAACGCCCUGUGUCCGUGGUUCUGGCAUCGUAGCGAGGAAGUCCUUCCCGAGUACUGGCACCGCGGUAACAGGGGGGAAAUCCCUCGUCGUCUUCAGUGGAUAUGCUGCCGUUCUCAUAAGUGCAAUUUAUCGCUACUGUGGAGCAGUCAGCGCUGCCGUUGGCUGCGCCUGGACAAUUACAAGAUUCGCAACGUGGCAGAUCUUGAUGCGAUAAGUACCGAGUGUUGUCGCUUUAGUUCUAGCCUUCUCCUGCCCGUAACAAUCGUCCGCACCGACGUGGACUGUCUUGCGGAUCCGAAGGAUAUUUUUAGCAGUUUGAUCGCGGUUCUGAGUGAUGGAUUCUCCGGGGUCAAUGAUGACAUCCGGCGGAGGGUGGCUGCGACGAUUAAAGGCUGCUUAAACUACUGCAAGAACGGAGGAGACAGAUCGAGCUAUCGUCACUUAUUGCUGUUUCGAUGUGUGAUCAAUGUGUUUCAAAACCAGUUUACGGAACCCACACUUCUUAUAUAUCGGGGCGAUUACAACGACUUGCGUUCGUUGGAUGUGAGUUGCUUCAAUCGUUUGACCCGGGCGGUUUUGGAUGGCAUCUGCGACCUUAUCGCUACUGAACAGUAUCACCGUUUUGCCGGUGUUGCUUAUCAACCAUAAUACGCGCCGACAAAGAUCGGAUGUCAAAGCCUCAAUGGCGUAUGGCUUCCUGGGCUUUUUUCAUUUAACUCAUUAUUUUAGGGUUAGAAUUACAAAUAAUCUGCAAUGCUGUAUGUUUUGGAGAUGCAAAAUUUGACCAUAACGAUUAGUUUGCAGGCGUUGUUUACUUUGCAGUAUGUAAGCGUUUUCCACUGGUACUUUCGUUAUUUAUCAGUAAUAUUUAUCUAUUUUUGAUUUGUUGUUCGUAUCGCUAGAACGCUUGUACUGCAUUCUGUGCGUUGCGAUGAUAUGACGUGUUUUCGACCAUCAUGUUUUUGACCUUGUCUGUUUUUUUCUUUCGUUCAAAUGUUUAACGCGCGUUGUUGGAGAAAGUUACGAAGGAACAUUGU